AUGUCGAAGCUUGACCUAAUUAGGGAGAAUCUAUUCCUUGGAGAUUUCUGCGCAGCAGCUGAAAUUCUCAAGAAUGGUAGCUCUGAAAUUUCACAUGUUCUAAAAGUUUUACACAGCCCUUCGAUAUACUUUGAGGAAUGGCAAAACGUGAGAUUAGAGUCGAAAGAAAUCAAACAAGUGUAGUACAAGACCGAGAGCUCGUUGGCAUCAGGCAAUCUCCUAUACUCGCUCGAGCACACUGGUAAAGAUCUCAAGAUAACAAGAAUGGCUGUGUUUGCUCAUGAUGAGCACUGGGAGAAUCUGCUUGAUCUUUUCCAUGUUUGCUUGGAUUUUAUCGAUGCUGGUCGUAGAUCAGAGAAAGGUGUUUUGGUUCAUUGCUUCGCGGGACAAUCUCGGAGUGCUUCUAUAGUCAUUGCGUAUCUGAUGAGAACCGAGAAGCUGUCUGUAGAAGAUGCUUUGGCUUCACUGAGGCAAAGCUCUAACGUGAGUCCCAAUCAAGGGUUUUUAAAACAGUUGGAUCUGUUUGAGAGGAUGAACUUCAAAGUCGACCGUUCAAGCCCUAUUUACAAGCGGUUCCGUCUUAAAGCUUUAGGUUUUCUAUAUAGCCAAGAUAAGAAAUUCGACAGGUUAAAGCUGAGGGCAGAUCCGGAGAAGAGUAGUAGUGGUGGUAAUACAUUUACGUACCAGUGCAAGAGAUGCAGGAGAGUUGUGUUGUUUCAAGAUCAAGUGAUGGAUCAUACUCCAGGUGAGGCUGAUCUAGAGUUGGCUGCCAUUUUUGCAAACAUGAACGGAGGUGUUCAGAACAAGAAUCAUGGUGGCGAACAGUGUACUUCUGUAUUUGUAGAGCCGAUGAGUUGGAUGAAUGUAGUUGAAGAUGGUGUGUCGCAAGGGAAGUUGAUGUGUCCUAAUUGUAAUGCUAGACUUGGAAGCUUUGAUUGGUCGGGAAGUUAUUGUAGCUGCGGAAGCAAGAUUGUUCCGGCGUUUCAACUUCAGUUGAGCCGCGUCGAUGUUCUGACUGUCAAGGAUGAAGCGAAGAAGAAGAUGAAGAAGAAGAAGAAAUGA